ACAACUAAUUUUGUAUCCGUUUUACACAGGCUGCGGUUAGCUUAAUUAAUACAGUGAAGAAAAUUAGCUCAAUCAAUCAUUUCUACUCUUCGCAUAUGGACAACAAAUCUGAUGUGUUAAGAAUGCUCCCACACAUAAGUACCGUACUGGAUAUCAACACAUCAACAAUGGCGGAUAAUUCAAGUUCACUGCUAGCCAGUUUAAACCGGACUGAACUGGAUUUCGUCACCAAUAUAACGAACGAUGGCAUUCCGAUCAUCGACUUUUCAAACGAUCCAACAAAGCUUGCAAUGGACUCUGCAAUUAAAUGGUUUUCCAUUUGUAUCCUAAUAGAAGUUAUGCUCGGUUUAGGUUGUGCUGUGGACAUCGUAGUUUUAAAGGAACACAUCAAACGUCCAAUUGGAGUCGGCAUUGCCGGUCUUUGCCAGUUCAUUCUCAUGCCAUUGAUAGUAUUUGGGUUAGCACAAGCAUUACACUUGCAUAAGGUCGCUGCAGUUGUUAUGCUAAUAACUGCAAGCGUACCGGGUGGAACGCUUUCAAAUAUCCUUGCUUAUUUAAUGGAAGGGGAUCUAGCUUUAAGCAUGCUUAUGACAUCAUGCUCUUCCAUCCUCGCUUUUGCUUUCAUUCCUCUCAACCUCUUCUUCUACGGAUCACAAUGGAUGCCGAAGGACACGGACUACGCGACUCUCAUCCCUUACACGUCCGUACUCCUCUCUCUCCUCUUGAUGAUGAUCCCAGUUGCUCUUGGAGUACUCGUAAACUGGAAGUUCCCAUCUGUAGCGCUGAGGAUAAUCCUGGUGUGUAAAAUACUUCUAUGUCUUACUAUUGUCUGCUUGGCUGUGUUGUCGGGUCUACUGUACCGGGAUUCACUUCUACGUUUCAUGCCAAACGAACUAUGGCUGCUGUGUGUCUUUAUGCCAAUGGUUGGAUUUGGCCUCGGCUACUUAUUCUCUUUCGUCGCCCGAUUAAACUCGAAAACUCGCCGCACGGUAGCAGUAGAGACCGGUUGUCAAAAUGGCCAACUGGGAUGCGCAAUUUUAAAAGUUGCUUUUCCAAAUCACCUAAUCGGAAGUUUUUUCGUCUUUCCUCUCCUGUACUCCGUGUUCCAGCUGAUCGAAGGCCUUCUCUUGGUUGCUCUCUUCAAGCUCACUUCUUCCAAAGAAGAGGAGGAAGAAGAGAAGAAGUCUCCUCCACGAUCUCCUAUUCGUCCUGAUGCGUUUGAGAGAUUUAGGAAGAUUUCAGUUUACGCCAUCGACAAAGUACGACGAAGGUUCUCUCGCUCUUCAAGGUCAGACGACCGGAAUCCGGUAUGGGGCGAUAAAGAACAAGGCAUGACUGAAUGUACUGUCCGCCCUAAAAGCGACCUUAUGGCCUCUGGCAGCAUUAUAACGCCUGGAAGCAGCGCUAUUAUGUCGUCCGAGCCCGUCACCCCUGACGAAUUACAGAUGACCCGACCACCUAUGCAAGGUCAAGCAACUGCAGAAACUGUUGUAGGGUCCGAUAUUAACAAAUCUGACGAUGAAGUCUUUUCGGAAAAAGUUGAUUCUGGAAUAUCGAACCCUGCGUAUCAGAAUUGACCUUGCUUGCGACUUCAACCAAACAACAUUAAAAAAUCAAUAAUUUAACUGCCGAGCAGGCAGAGGGAAAUGUGGUGUACGGUCGGGGUGGCUCAAGUCCCAGGAGGUUACUGCUUUGUGCUUCCUUAAAUGUCAUGAACUAAAACUGGGUUCAACAUUUAGCAACAGUUCCGACUGCAGCGUAGCAUGCCCUUAACUUCUAACCUGGCCAGUGGUUAACCCCUAGGUUCAAAUUUUUUAUCCAUUUGAAAAAAAACUUAUUUCAAAUUAGCAAUUUUCUGCAAAAAAAUGAACUGUUGCAAACCCUUAGCCAUUACACCUCUGCAACAACUUCAAACAGAAGCACUUCGUUUUGUAAAUAUAAUUUUCUCUUGCAUUGUAUGUUCAUUUAACAAUAUUCUACGCGUAUCGACUAUAUAACACUCGCACACGUCACCAGCUUUUAGCAAAAAUUUUCAACAAAAUUUGCACAAAC